AUGCUUGUUACGAGGGUUUUGGGCACGCUCGGAGCGUUGGCCCUAACUCAGCUCGUCUCCGCCGCCGAAAGGCCGCUUUACCGCAGGUUCAACACCACGGAGGCCUCGAGCGUUGCUCCCGUUGAGUCUCUUGCGCCUGAAGAGAGCUUUACCGCUUAUCAUGGUGGUGAUGAAGACUAUGGCCCUGAUCACGAUAAGGGUUUUUGCAAGAAAUACGGGCACGAUUGUCGCAAGUGCGUCGAGCCAAUUGUAGUCACGACCACCAAGUACAUACCUAAGCCUGCCUCUACCUCUACCUGUACGGUGACAGUCACACAAUCGCUCACGACCACCCUCCUCGACACCAAAACGCUUACUGACACGGCCAUCGUGACCUCUGGAUACACGGAGACCGCUACCGACUACGAGACCAUUACUACGACCACUGUCUAUACAACAAGCUACCCAGUCACUACAACAAUUAGCAUCUGUAAUGGGGAGGAUCACUCUUCGUAUUGUGUUGUCAGCACGACGACUACAUGGAAGACCACCACCGAGACCUCGGUCGUUGAGACAACGGUCGAAGUCGCAGUCCCGACAACAGUUCCAACAACCGUUUACAUCCCGACGACAGAAGUGGAAACUGAGACAGUCAUUCACACUACGGCGAUCUCUGUCCCGUAUACUGUGAUUGACAGUACAACCUUCUGGUCCACCAUUGAAUCGACUUACACAAGCAUCCAUACCAUCGAAAAGACAACGACUAACUAUGUUGAGGUUAUCUGCACUACAACCACCACGGAAAUCAGCUCCUACCCGGUUACGGUGACGGGCACCAAGACGAUAUGGACGACCGACUACAACACAAUCACGGACACUUAUACCACGUUGGUUCCGACCACGACAACGGACGUCGUAACUACCACCGAUGUUGUGCUUAGCACUGUUGUCAGUGCUACGACGGAAACAACAACCUUCACCACGGUGACUUCUUACCCGGUGACUGUUACCGAUAGCACUACUUUCUACACAACCGAGACGACUGUAGUCACUUCUGUUAUUGUCAGCUCUUACACCACCGUUUCGACUGUCACCGAUCGCACGACCGCGACCGAGGUUUUCACUACGACCGCAACUGUCGUUCCGCCUCCCAUCACAACAACCGUGUCUGGCACUCCCAUCACCAUUACACUCCCUCCAACGAUUGUUACGCAGACCUUGGAUCAUACUAUCACUCAGACGGAGCAUACGGUCUCUACUCUAACGCUCCCAGGAACAACAGUGGUGACCACCUUUACAUCAGCUGCGCCCCCCACCACCACGACGUUGACCCUUGAUGGAACUACGAUUACUACCACCCUGCCCGCUUCUACGGUAACGAGCACGACGACCUUUUCUGUGCCCCCUCAAACCAUCACGCAGACGAUUACCAAGCCACCCUCGACGAUUACUAUUGCCACAACCGUCACGAGAUCGAUCUCGACUUGCUACCCCACGGAGACCGUCGCGCCCGCCCUUCGAAAGCCGUACGAUCCAAAAUCAGACCUAACAUGGGGUUGCAAACCUGGAUUUGUUUGCCACAAGCCGAAACCACAAGGUUGCAACUUGUGGGCCGACGCGCCGUCCGAUGAUUACACGUGCGAACCGCACUGGUGUAAGCCAGCUCCUUCGCUUCCUAAUGUGACCUGGCCAGAGAACGGAACUGGUUAUUUCCCACCAACUGAAGGGUAUUUCUACCUCAAUCCCAAUGCGUUCGGUUUGAGCGACGAUAUCUUUGAAGAGGAGCUCAUCAUUGUCGAGGUUGGCGGUGUCACGUCAACUAUUACCACCGGUAACUGGGAUGUCCAAACCGAUUUAACCUGGCCUCCGCCGCGCCCGACAUCAACCAGGUCAUCGGCGGCGGGAUAUGGAUGGAAGCGCGGCCUUCUCUCGAAACGGGUAAGCAGUAACGAUAUCGCAAUCUGUUACGAUGAAUGCGCGGAUGCCUUCCUUGAAGUCCAGCAAAUUGGUAAAUCGCUGGAGAUUUGCGACGAAACCUCGCCUUUCAAAGAAUACCUCAACAAAUGCCAAACAUGUGUUGAUGAUAAGCCGGAAAGUACCGACAAGAAAAACGCCAAGGAGUAUCUCGCGCCGAUAUGGGAUCAAUUCCUCGGUUGGUGCAAAGAGCAGACCCCUUCACCUGCCCCAUCGGACCCUCCCCCACAGCCGGUCGAGUCUGCCACUCCCUCGAUCUCCACAACUUCGCAGGAGGCAGCUAACCCAAGCAUUGCGCCCGUACCCAUCUCAACCUCGUCUUCUCAGCCAGCUCAGGAGCCUUCCACCACGACUACCUCCAUCGUCCCUCCUCCAUCCUCGAGCUCUUCUGCUCAACCAUCCCCAACCGGUGAUCUCUUCCUCAUCCUCCUCAUCUGCUCCUCCACCACCCACUUCUUCUUCUACGGUGGUGGCAGUUUCCUCUGA